AUGAUGGCAUGGCCCAAUGGACUGCUAGGAGCCAGAAAGACUGGCCGUGACCCCCACGGUGCCCGAUUUACCACUGGCCUCACUGGCGCCAUGGCUGAGUCUGCAGAAAUGACCCAUCCUAGACAUGCACGAGCAUUCGAGAUCGCGUUUCUCUGCGUCUUGAAGGUCGAGCGUGACGCGAUUGAAUUGGCCCUGGACGAACGAUACGAGCGCGAUGGCCUGGUCUACCCGCAAGCCCCUAGCGACACGAAUGCCUACACGACCGGCCGCAUCGGAAGCCAUAACGUGGUAAUUGCGUACCUGCCUGGCGUUGGGAAUGUGAGCUCGGCCGCGGCUGCCGCGAGUAUCCCAUCCACCUUCCCCAGCGUGAAACUCGCCAUCGUCGUCGGGGUCUGCGGGGUGAAUCCUCACGCUCGAAACCACGCCGGACAAGAAGUCCUCCUCGGAGACGUUAUUGUCAGCACAACCAUGCUCAGGGCGAGCUAUGGUCAUCAAUACCCCGAUGGGUUUGUUCUGGGGAGGACGGAGGAUACCAUACGCCUGGCGCCGGUCGCGAUACGCACUUUCCUUCACAAAUUGGAAGGGAUCAGCUCGAUUCAGAGACUGGAAGAGAAAACCGCUGCCUACACUGAGGAAAUCUUGAAACGCGGCCUGCUUCCAGGUGCGACGUAUCCAGGACCUGAGCAGGAUACUCUGAACCGCCUCGCCACCGGACUCCAUCCGGAUGGUACACGUAUACAAGAUACCAACGCCGUCACACAUGCCCGACAGCCAUCAGUCUUGUUCGGCAAGUUCGCCUCUGGCGAAUCGGUAAUGAAGAGCGGAUAUCACCGUGACAAGCUAGCGGAUGAGCACGAUGUUAUCGGGUUCGAGAUGGAGGGCGCCGGGACUUGGGAUUACCUACCAACAAUCAUUGUCAAGGGGGCCUGCGACUACGCGGACAGCCAUAAGAACAAGGUGUGGCAGCAGUACUCGGCCGUCACGGCAGCCGCUUGUGCGAAAAGCAUAGUGGAGGAGGGGAGGUUGAGUUCGGCGCAACAACAGCCUGAAAUAUCUAAAGAGAUCAGCGAGAUCCCUCGAGUAAUGGAUGCAUGCUUUGAUUCCCAGAAGCUGCAGGAUACUCGGACCUGCCUGGAUGACACGCGAGUUGCUCUGAUGGAAGAAAUCCAGCAUUGGGCCACCAGUGCCAAUGCGCAGCCGGUUUUCUGGCUGCAAGGGGUGGCCGGAUCUGGCAAGACGAUCAUUGCAAAGACAGUCGCUAAGAAUCUGUCUAGAAAGGGACACCUCGGCGCGACAUUCUUCUUCUCGCGACAGGGCGGCGAUCGAGGCAGUGCCACGAAGCUUUUUGGCACGCUUGCCUACCAGCUUGCGGUAAAGCCUGGCCUUUCAGGUCAUGACAAAGGCCAUUUUCGGUCACUCCUCCAUGAUGCUAUAGUCUCCCAUCGAGAUGUGUUCGGAAAGGCCUACAGGGAGCAAUGGGAACAGCUUAUCAUGAACCCGAUAUUGCAGUUGGACAAUCCCACAGUUCACGAACGGCGUCAGCCAGUCGUGAUUGUGAUAGACGCUGUGGAUGAAUGCGAACCUGUGUACGAUGUUGGGCUUAUCCUGGAGCUAUUGAUUCAGGCCAACAGACUCCAAACUAUACCGCUCCGCUUCUUCGUCACCGGAAGACCACAAGAGGCAGUGCACUAUGGCUUUCGUCGCAUUCGGGAAAAUCUAGAACAGAUAGUCCUUCACCAGAUCGAUUCUGACCUCGUUGAUGCCGAUAUUCGAAGGUUUGUCACGCAUGAAUUCGAUGACAUUGGAGAGCGCCACUUCAGGUCAGCAUGGUAUACCAAAGAGCAGCUGGAUGAAGUUGUUUCCAGGUCGGAGGGACUUUUCAUUUACGCUGCGACGUUGUCCCGUUCCUUGGGCAGGUCUCUGGACCCCGGCCGGCGCCUAUCACAAUUCCUUCAAAUAGACUCCUCCCGAUUCGCCCCUCUAAGGCAGAUGUACGACAUUAUCCUGGAUGCCUCCGCACCGGAAGCCUCUAACUACGAUUUUGAUGACACAGAGCGAGAGAUCUUCAAGCUUAUCGUAGGAUCCCUGGCCGUGUUAUUUGACACCCUUUCGAUCAACACGCUACAUCAGCUCUUGGCUGGUUCUUCGUUCUUGGUGGACUUUCCCCCGGGGCCUGAGAGCAUUGAGACAACACUUGUGAAGCUCGCCUCAGUCCUUGAUAUUCCAUAUGUUGGGCACCUCCCAGACAGGGACCGUCCUAUUCGGAUUUUUCAUCCCUCGUUCCGUGAGUUUCUUCUAGAGGAACGGCCGCCUUCAUUACAGCACCUUCAGCUAGACUCCAGCUCUCUACACGAGAACAUGCUCCAUGGCUGCCUUGCUGCCAUGACCGGAUGUCUACGGAAGAAUGUAUGUAGGCUUGCUACACCUGACGCCGACCCACAAACGCUCUCCAAGGAUUUUGUUGCAUUGCAUAUCCCCCCGGAGGUGCAAUAUGCAUGCAAGUACUGGAUCUUUCAUGCGGAACAGCUCUUGCCCCAGGCGAUGGACAGGGCAGUCAGUGACAGCGGACCCGUCCACCAAUUCCUUACAAACACUGCGAUAUAUUGGCUCGAAGCCAUGAGCCUUCUGCGGAUGGUUCCGCACGCGGUCACUUCCCUUGUCGCAUUGCGGGCACUGGUCGAGUCGAACAAAAGCCCGACUAUCAAUUCGCUAAUCCAGGACACCUCCCGCUUCCUAAUGGCGAAUCGGGUCAUCAUUAGCGAAGCACCCCUCCAAAUCUACUGUUCCGCCCUUUUGUUUAGCCCAUCCAGCAGUGUGAUAAAGAAACUCUUCACCCGUGAUAUUCCCUCAUGGUUUCUCAAACGCCCAGACGUCCCGGUACGAUGGCCAUCCUCGAUCACUCUAGGGUCCUUCAUGCAGAGCGCUACCUGUCUAGACUUUUCACCGGAUGGCAAGACACUUGUCUCCGGCUAUGACGAUGGUUCCAUCCGUUUCUGGGAUAUUCGAACCGGAUUCCUGCAACAGACCAUUUCUGAACGGCCAUGGUAUGUGGUUUCUGUGCAGUAUUCUCACGAUGGGAAAAGGGUCUUAACAGGGGCGAAUGGUGCAGUGUGUUUGUAUGAUGUCAUGACAGGAACACUGCUACGCGAGCCAGGGGAGCCAGACAGCGUUGCUGGUGGGAGGGCAGCCUUUUCGCAUGACGGCCAAUUAAUCAUUACUGGAAAUGAGCAGGCGGCCAUAUGGGACAAUGACCUACUGUCACUGCGCUGCGUCUUAAAUGGCCACAUGGAUAGUGUGAGUUGUCUGGCAUUUACCCCAAACAAUAGAAGCGUUAUUACAGGAUCCUGGGAUUCCAAGAUUCGCAUUUAUGACAGUACUCAAGGCAUGCUUCAACACGUUCUUGACAUGCACACAACUGGAGUCGUGUCCAUGUUUGUCUGCCCUGCCCUGAAUCGUGUCGCGACGGCAGACAGGAAAGCCAUCCAUAUAUGGGACCCUGUCACGCACGUCCUUUCCUCAACUGUGGAAUUCACAGAAACCGGGUCUGGUGAAAUUGCUCUUUCAUCGGAUGGUACUCUCUUAGCCGGGCAAUUCGACAGUUCCAAUAUUCGGAUAUGGGACACAAAUACUUGGUCUCCAUGCCACAUGUUGAAAGACCAUACAAAUUCUAUUUACCUAUUGAAAUUCUCGGCUGACUCACGUUUUCUUGGGUCCGCGUCUGCCGAUGGCACCGUGCGGUUAUGGGAUCUAGAUGGCAACACCUUCCAAGAGCAAUUCGCAACCCACAGAGGUUGUGUUGCAGCUAUCAAAUUCUCCCCGAAUGGCCAGAUCAUUGCAACGACUUCAGAUGACGCAGUUGUAAAAAUAUACGACAUUGCCACUGGAAACACGGCCCAGGUGCAUCAAUCGGUUGAUACUCACAUUUAUGGAUUGGGGUUCAGUCCCGCCGGCUCUCUGCUUGCUGUCGCUGCAUUGAACAGUUCCAUUUACAUUCUAAAUACGCAGGACUGGUCAUACCAGCACGCCCUGGAGAAUGAUGAGCAUUUACUUGCUGUGGCAUUCUCUCCUGAUGGCAAACUACUUGCGGGAGGCUAUCGUUCUAAUGUUAAGAUUUGGGAUACCGCCGAUUGGGUCCUCGUACACACCCUACCCGUGGGUUUGAGCUCUACCUACCCGGUCGUGGACAACUGGGCUGUAGAAUUCUCCCCGGACGGCCGACUGUUGGCCUGUGCCAGCAAUGGUAGCCUAUUGUUCAUCUUCAAUUUGCAGAAAGAUGCGGCACCAACAAUUCUCCGCCCUGAAUUCCCAUUCACCAAGGCCAUAUCCUUCUCUCCAGACAGUCUACGUGUGGUAUGUCGAAGCCAUGUCGGUAAAACAAAGUCAUGGAAAUUUUAUAGGGAGCCAGCACAUGAUGAGGGGACUUGGAUCCCGGCACCCAUUGAAGAUAACUGGCUGGUGACACCCAGGAUGUUCGAAGGUUCUAGCGAAUCUCGGUGGGCGAUCCAGGGUCCCUGGGUUAUCUUCCUGGGAAACAAGAUCCUGUACCUCCCGGAUGACAGACGAGUACAUACAUGCGAUAUAUUUGGCAAUACCAUCGCCAUUGGUUCUGAAUCGGGGAUCGUCACUGUUCUGCAAUUUAGGGAUUUGGAUGAAUUCGUUGUGGAUUCUUUCGAAGAAUGA